CCAUUUGCACCCAUAUUAAGAGGAUCAAACUAUCUUUCACCAGUUCCCACUUCUCUUCCUCUUCUCUCCUCCAUCCAUCUUCUUCUCUCAAUUCAAAUUGAUCCAUCUCAGCUUGGCUCAACAUGGAUGAUAAAUUGACCAGAAUCUCAUUUCCAAACAAGCAAGAAGACGACGAAACUGCGCCGGAAAAUAGUGGUGAUUCGCCGCGUUCCGACGUGAUUAACGACGGCAAAAUUGUUUCUGUCUCCACCCCAAAAAGAAGUAGGCGAGCUAUACAGAAAAGAGUAGUAUCAGUGCCAAUCAGAGACGUAGAAGGGUGUCGGAUCAAAGGUGAGAUUGGAACUCCACCGUAUGAUUCUUGGGCCUGGAGGAAGUACGGACAGAAGCCCAUCAAAGGCUCUCCUUACCCCAGAGGGUACUACAGGUGCAGUAGCUCAAAGGGUUGUCCAGCAAGAAAGCAAGUAGAGAGGAGCAGUGUGGACCCCACCAUGAUACUGAUCACGUACUCCUGUGAGCACAACCACCCUUGGCCCGCAACCAAAAACAACCACCGCCACCACCACAACACCAUCGCGGUUACCUCCGCCGUAACAACCAACGUGACAGUUUCAAAUUCCGAUAACGGAGAUACUCCGAUCUUUGCUAACCAAAUUGAAGCUGAACCAGACGAAAGUUUUCCCAAUUUAGGUGAUGAGUCGCUGAUUACUGGGGAUGGGACUUGGUAUUCGCAACUGGAAUUGUCGGCGUCUUCAACCAUGCUCGAUAGCCCAAUUUUGGGGGCAAACGUGGACGACGAUGCCGACAUGGCGAUGGUUUUUCCGACGACGGAGGUGGACGAGUCGCUGUUCGCCGAUCUGGGCGAGUUGCCGGAGUGUUCAGUGGUGUUCCGGCGGGGAGUGUGGGAAAGGGAGGAGGAGGUGCGCCGGCGCUACUGGUGUGGGAUCAACUGACACGUGUACUCGCUGACAGAGAUAUUACAGUUUCAACUUUCAACAAAGGAGUGAGCGUACCGUUCGCCCUAAGAUACAAAUUUUUUUAUUUGAUUUUUAAUUAUUUUUAAUUUACCCAAAUUUGUAUGUUGUGAAUGAGGAAUAAGAAAAAUGCUUGAUGAAGAGUUUCACAUUAUCCAA